AUGGCGUCCGAGGCGGGGACGGUGAUCCACCAUUCUGACGUGUCGACGCUUCCACCAGUAUUCCAACCGGCGUGGAAGUCGCCCGAGAAGGCUCGCGAUAGGUUUCUGGCCGCGGGUGGCGACUUUUUCUCACCGAUGAAACUCGACCGCGUGUUUGAGCCGGCCGACGCGCCGUCGCCGCGCCCGUCCGCGUUUACCUUUCGCGCCCAGCCGCCGAUCGCGGCGAGUACACCGAUGGUAAAUACGCGGCGCGUGUCCAAGGACGGUCCGCCACUCACGCCGGGGGGGGCGCACGUCCCGCUGCGCCUCGGCCUCCGUUACGAUGCGCGCGUACGCGACGGCCUCGAGCAGCUCGUCGAGGAGCACGACAUGCACGCAGACAAGUCGCAGGUGACCGACGUGAGCUCGCUGCAGAACGCGCGCCAGAGCAAGCGGCUGCGCAUGCACUCGCGCGAAAAUACCCCAACGUCCGCCCAGUGGGAGCCGCGCCAGCGCAUCCCGAUGGCCUACCGCAGCACCAACGCGGACGCGCACACCGGCGCGAGCGAGGUGGCGGCACGCGCGAUCCGCGGAACGAGCCAAGAGACGCCACGCGCGAUCCGUGGCGCAAGCACACAGGCGCCCCGCUCGAUCCUGCGCUCCGCACAGCACCGUUUUGACUCGCCGUCGCGUUCGAUUAGCUUUGCGGACGAGCGCACGCCCCGCGCCAAGGGGGGGCGCGCCGACCGUGAACUCGAUACCCACAUUACGCCGCGCACCGCGCGCCUCGAGCACGUCCUCGCCGAGCUCAACCUGCACAGCGAGUCGCCGCAGGCCCAACGCAAGGCCAACACGCCGGACCGCUCGCUCGGCGACCGCUCCGCGCUGAGCCAGGCGUCAUUUCGCGUGACGCGCGAGCGCCUCGUCGAGCUGCUGACCGACGUCGCGCCGUGGGAGCCGGACUGGGCGCGGCUGCAGCGCGUCGAUUUCCGCGCGCGCCGCCUCGAGUCGUGCAUCGGCCUCGAGGACUAUGUGCCGAACGCAGAAGAGGUGUGGCUCGACCAUAACCGCGUCGCCUUUGCGAUGGGUGUGCCUGCGUCGGUGCGCGUAUUGACCGCGUCGAGCAACUGCAUCACGGAGCUCGCGUCCUUUGCCCACCUGCAUCGCCUCGAGGUGCUCGAUGUGAGCGGCAACGAGCUCACGUCGCUCGCGCCGAUCGCCGACUUGACGCACCUCGUCGAGCUGCGUGCGGCGCGCAACCAAAUCACGCACCUGCACGGCCUCGAGCGCCUGGAGCGCCUGGAGGGCGUGGACGUUAGCGAUAAUCUCAUUGGGGGGCGCGUCGACCUGGAAAAGAUGCAGUGGCCGCGCAUCGCGACGCUGCGUCUCGCGCGCAACGCGCUCGGGGAUAUUGAGGGCCUCGCGGCCCUCGGGGAGCUGCACACGCUCGACGUCGAGGACAAUGCGCUGACGCGCCUCGCGAUCGACCGGCGCAUGCCGCAGCUGCGUGUGCUGCGCGUGAGCGGCAACGUGGGCCUGCGCCGCGUCGACGUCGCAUGGACGCCGCGCGUGCGCACGCUGUACGCCGACCGCUGCAGCAUCGCGAGCGUGCACGGCCUCGAUAGCGCAAGCGAGCUGCAGCGCCUUUCGUUGCGGCAGCAGCAUGUGCGCCUGCGUGCGCCGCUCGACAAUCCCCCGUCGCUCCAGCGGCUCUUUUUGUCGGGCAAUCCGCUGACUGGCGCCGAUGUCUUGCGCAUGGACGCGCCGAGCCUCGUCUAUCUCGAGCUCGCCGGGUGCCAGCUCACGGCGAUGGCGCCGCGCCUCCAGCGCCAGACGCCCGCGCUGCGUUCGCUCAACGUCGACCACAACCACCUCGCGUCGCUGCCGCGCCUCGACGCGUGGCCGCGUCUGAAGCGCGUGAGCUGCGUGGGGUGCCAGAUUGGCACGCUCGAGGAGCUCGUACAGAGUGUCGCCGACCACCAGGCGCUAUGCGUGCUCGACGCACGGACGAAUCCCGCGACGCUCGGCUUCUACCCCCCGGUUCUCAUCCCGGUCGGCGCCGAGCAGCCGGAAGACGAGAUGCUGCCGCCGGUGCCGAAUCCGGCGAUCGUGCAGCCAGACACGGCGGCGGUGGCCGACGCGGCGCUUGCCGCAGAGCGCGCGGCGGCGCAGGCGCUCGCCGACCGCUCGCAGUUCCACAAGCGCACCAUGCUCGUGCCGCCGCAGCCGAGCGCUGCGCCGCGCCACGCCGCGUCCGCGCCCCGUGCCACGGCGCUCUUUACGGCCGCCGACGAACGCUUCGCUGCGACACUUCCCGAGCCCAUCGCACGGAAGCGCAUCGUGUACCGUGGCCUGUGCGGCAUGGCGUGCCCGACGCUCACAUGGCUCGACGGUCUCGAGCUCGCCGAGGCGGACGUGGACGUGGCCGAGCGGUAUUUGAAACAGGCAGAUAUGUAG